AUGGCUGAUCGGUUUUCUGACAUUGUUUCAUGUUUGGGAGGGCCUGCAGUCACACCCAGCGACAUCGAGUGGGUAGUCGAUCUACCGGCAGGAAAGCAGCUUGUAGAUUGGAUUGUGGCCCAAGUCGAAGGGGCCCCCGAGUCCGAUGAGGCUAUCUCACAACUAUCGAACGAACAAGGGCUCAAGGCAUGUUUGAGUGAUAUCGCACUCGAGACUGAGGAGCUGGAGACGCUGCGCAAGGCGCAACAGCUCAAUUUAGCUGUGCAAGAUUCUGACCAAUGGUUGCUCUCAAAGUAUCUCAGCCCCUCGCGUCUUAGAUACAGCGGUCUCAUCUUCCCUGGAUGCCGCACAGCGGCUUUUUCGCGCUCUUCUCUCCAAGGACAAACCCAAAUCGGUAAUGGUCAGCCGAGUCUGGCCAGCAUGCGUUCGGACAUUAUCCACAGGCACGAGGUACAGAAGCACAAUCUCAAGGCAUUCCAAGAUUACCUACCUGGUCCUCAAGAAGUCGAGGCGGAGGCGUCGAGGCUACAGUCAUCUUUACUGUCAGACAAGGUUGCUCCCAUGGCCGUGGUGCAAGAGUUACAAGAAUUACUGGAACGAAUGAUUGAGGAAGAAGAUAGCCAACCAGCUGUUAUCGGAAAGUUGGCCGAAGAAGUAAGAUCCCAGCUCCAGAAUGCCUGGCUCGCGGAUCAAGUAGCGGUUCUGCAAGCCCAAGGAGAAAUACUAGAUAUGACAAUAACAGACUUUGAGCAAAAUCUAAUUCCGCCAAUAACUCAACUGUACCAGAGUCUUUCCCUGUCAGAUGCUCGCGCUCGUGAGGCUGAAGCAUUGGUAUCAGCACUGGUCGAAGAAAUUGAAGAGAUCGCGGAUGAUGUCCAGGACGUGAAGAAUACGCGUUCAUCUGACAUUGCGGAGUUUGGAACCACAAGAGAAUCUGAGGAUGCGCGGCUAGAAGCUCGCAUAAAGGAGAUCUUAGAAAAGUCGCAUAAUUGGGUCAAUCGGGAGGCCGUCUGGGUCACGAAUUUACCACUUAGUCUGAAUGAAGUCACCGCGGGCCACGGUGCCUUACUCUCCACUGCAUACCAGAACUCACAUGUGAAUACUUCCGCUCCGUUCAGUGUCCCCAUGGAAGUGGCAGACCUUGCACAAGACGCCGAGCGUAGAAUUGCAGAACUGCGAGCCAGUAUCGAUAUCCUCACGAAGGUCAGCUCUCUUAUAGUGCUCCUUAUUCUCCCAGCGCAAGUCAUGUUCUUCACAAGUAUUCCGCUCCUCAAUCUGAAGGGUACCGCGCCAUCAGAAUAUCAGUAUUAUGUACUCGAUAAGUCAUCUGUUAUAAACGGCCUUCGAUUCGAACUCUGGGACAGAUCCACCUCGAAAGGCAGCGAGGGACAACCAGGAUUCUCCCCUGAGCAGGUCGCCUGCUCAGCGGAAUACCAGAGACCGCAAGACCUCUCACCUCAUUGCCAAGUAGCUACCGCAUCUCUCAUGCCCCAUGAUAUUACGCAGCAUCUCGUGUCAGAUUGCUCCUUUGCGUGGAGCAUGCUAGACGAUUUGGCACCAAGGUCAACUCUGGCCUUCGCUACUUGGGAAAGGGUAUAUGAAGCUUAUGGGAGGAUAUGAUUUUCCUGGGUCUAAUUCGAGCAUUGACUUGCAUGCAAUAACUGGGUGGAUACCUGAACAUUUGGAGUUCCACAGUCCCACUUUUGAGCGCGAGAAUACCUGGAGUCGCCUUGUCGCUGGGUUUAAUGAAGGUACAGAUAAGAAGAGUAAUAUAGUAUGGAACGGUCGUACACUACUGCCGGCUCACUGUUACGCUGUUAUCGAUAUCCACGAGGUCGGCGGCGAACGCGUGUUGACCUUACUGGACCCUCUUAUCCCUUCGGCAUAUGAUCACUUGCGCCUGCAGGUGUCCUCUCCUGUUGACUGCGAGCUGUGGGUAGUGCUGACAAGACAUGUCGUCGAUCGGCGGAGAAUAUCGGAGUACAUUGCUUUGCGAGUAGAACAGGACGAUAGUCUGAGCGAUCAAGCGUCAUUGCAAAAAUUAGCUUCGCAGGGCAUGUACACCAAUAGUCCCCAUACGUCGCUGGGACCGGUCGACGCCACCUCCAACAUGGAGGGCAUCCUAACUAUGAAAAAUGCCGGUGGCAGCUGUGUCCACCCUACGUUCAUGCUCAACCCACAAUACCAUCUCCGCAUCCAAUCUGAUACGAAUACGCGGGACUCGAAGUCCAAGGGUGGACGUAAGGCCACGGUGGAGUUCUUGCUGCAGGGCGACAGAAGUCUACCCCUCAACUUGACCGUCCUAUGGUCUGAAGGACAGCGCGUGACUGAACUCAGCCCGAACGAUAUCGCGGUGGGUUCAGGGCCAUACAGCUACGGACUGGCUCAUGCCCGGAAGGACCUGCCCCCGGGGGAAUACACGCUCGUCGUCUCCGCAUUCGAGCCCGACCAGCAGGGGAAGUUCUCGCUGCAAGUAGCAAGCAACCGUCCAUUCGAGCUCGAGCCGAUCCCGCAAGAGGGCGCGGGGAUGUACACCAAGACCGUGCGGGGUACCUGGUCAGUACGGCUCCAUUAUCACCCACGACGUAUUCAUGAAGAGGUGAACUUUCAAUGA